GCCCAGCGUUCCGUGUGUGCUACCUGCUGUUUUCUUUCGGAGGGCAGUGUACCCCAGUGUGAUUUGCCGGUAUCGAACGGGUGGACGAUUGCACACUAGCUUUUGCCUUGGCUCCCUUUCUCCCAAGCUCAUCCGCGUCUCGCUCCUCGUUCCUCUCUCUGCCUUCCUUUCUCCUCCCUCUCCUCUCUCUCUCUAAGCUCCAGCUAUCAACCCUAGGUUGUCCAAGCCUCUCGCCUUCUUCCUUCAACCCCUCUCCUGGCCAAUUCUCUCAGCUCGAUCAGCUUAAUCCGAUCGAUCACUGAACUAACUCCACUCCAUCUAUGGCAACUCUACAGCACUGGUAGUACUAGUACGACGUACAAGCUAGUCCUCUCGAGAUUCAAGGAGGACCUAGCUAGCUGUCCCCACUGCUGCUGCUGGAGAAGGACGAGCACUAGUUGAUCUGGGUGCAACUGCAAGUACCACCACCACGGCUGCACAUGAUCGGGUCGCCCGCGAGAUCUGAUCUUGCUUCCGGUUGAAAUUCUGAGGCCAGACUGCACCUGCAUGCGGGCAAGCUGAUCCAUCCGUCAUCCACAGCACCAGCAGCAAGCGUGGGAGCUGGUAAACAGCAUCAGAAGAAGAUCAUCUCGAUCGAGAAGAUGAUGCUGAAGGAUCUGGCAGCAAUUCAGCAGCAGCAGCUGGCCGCUGAGGAGAACAUGUCGAACCUGACAUCCGCCUCCGGCGACCAGACCAGCGUCUCCUCCCACCCCCUCCCUCCUCCCGCCAAGAGGAAGCGCAGCCUCCCGGGGAAUCCAGACCCCGACGCGGAGGUGAUCGCGCUGUCGCCGCGGACGCUGAUGGCGACGAACCGGUACGUGUGCGAGGUGUGCGGCAAGGGGUUCCAGCGCGACCAGAACCUGCAGCUGCACCGGCGCGGGCACAACCUGCCGUGGAAGCUCAAGCAGCGCAACCCCAAGGAGGUGGUGCGCAAGAAGGUGUACGUGUGCCCGGAGCCCGGCUGCGUGCACCACGACCCGGCGCGCGCGCUCGGCGACCUCACUGGCAUCAAGAAGCACUUCAGCCGCAAGCACGGCGAGAAGAAGUGGAAGUGCGACAGAUGCGCCAAGCGCUACGCCGUGCAGUCCGACUGGAAGGCGCACUCCAAGGUCUGCGGCACGCGCGAGUACCGAUGCGACUGCGGCACCCUCUUCUCAAGGAGGGACAGCUUCAUCACGCACAGGGCGUUCUGCGACGCGCUCGCGGAGGAGAGCGCGAGAGCGGUGGCAGUGGCGGGACAGCACCCGGGGAUGCUCUUCUCACACGCCGGUGUCGGGGAUAGCUCGGGGCUGCAGCUGCCGGCUGUGCUGGACCCGUCGCAGCAGCUGGGCGGGCACGGGCUGUCCUUGCAAGAAAUGUGCCUCAAGAGGGAGCAGCAACAGUUCGCGCCGUCGUGGCUCACGGCGCAGCAGCAGCAACAGUUGGAGAUGGCCGGCGCGGGCAACGCAUCCGUGUUCGGGUCCGCGAGGCUUGACCAGGAGUACAUCGGCAGCUCCACGCCGGAGAGCACCGCGCAGCCGGCGGGCCUGAGCUUCGGAUUCUCGCAGUCCGCCGCUGGCACGGCCUCGACGCACAUGUCGGCCACCGCGCUGCUGCAGAAGGCGGCGCAGAUGGGUGCAACGCUGAGCCGGCCGUCGAGCCAAGGCCAGAUGGCGAGCACUUACAGCACCAGUACCACCAAUGUUGGCACUGCCAAUGCAGCAGCUGCUAAUAGCAAUGUGACUAGCACGGGCGCUGGCGCAGGCUCUGGCCUCGCCUUCGGGGCAUCUCACUUUGGAGCGGACGAGAGGGCCAGGACUGAUCGAGACGCAGGCAGCGGCGGCAAUGCCGUAGGCGGCAACGACGGCCUCACCAGGGACUUCUUGGGUUUGCGGGCGUUCUCCCACGGCGACAUACUUAGCAUGGCCGGGUUCGAUCCCUGCAUGUCGUCGACCUCGGCGGCGGCGUAUGAGCAAGGGCACCAGAGCAGCAAGCCGUGGCAUGUCUAGUCAACUCAAUUUCAUAGCUCGCCAGGGAUGAAUCAUAUCCUACAAGAUGCGGCAUGCAUGCAUGGACAUUGCUCGAUCAUGUCGAGAUCGAUAUUGGGUAAGUCGGUUAGAUCGAUAUCCAGUUCGCUUGUUUGCGUGGCACUUAUAUAUUUUGAUGUUCAUUUGGGGGGUAUGGGCUGUUCGAUCAAGUUUGCUAUAUAUGGAAGACAUGCAAAUGUUCAUGCUAUAUAUCAUAGUUAAUUCAAGUUAUUAUUUGGAAUAUAUCCAUUUGUAAUCAGUAGUGUUACGCUGGAUAACGUUAUGAUAUGCUAUUGGUGUCGUUGGCCGCGCAUGAUCAAGUUGACGUUCAGGUUUUCUUCAACUUUCGAGUGUAAUAAAGUUUGGAAUUAUGCGAAACUACACAAAAAAUUGAAGGAUAUACACUAGAAGUGAAAUUUUAUGAAA